AUGGAUCCGUUUGAUCCAAAACAUCGAUGUCCAUCUGACUACAUAAAUGAUUUGGGAAUGUUCAGUAAUGAAUUUAAAGUUACAUAUAUGGUUGAUACAGCUCCUAUGAUUCUAAAUAUAAGCACAUUUUCAUCUAUGGUAGGCCAUGUUUGUGCAUGUGUAGUCAAUCCAAGCCUGAGUUGGGCAUCUCCCAAUCCGGAAGCUAGCCGAAAACUGAACCCCACAAAACGAAAGGCGCUAUGUCAAAACUCAAGUGAAGCCUACCAUCUAGAGCCAAAAGUUGUCUAA